CUGCGUCCAGAAGCUGCUGCGUCCUUCCCUGUUCGCGUCGCUUAGCCAAGAUGCUGGAGGAGACCCAGACCCAGGACCAGCCCAUGGAGGAGGAGGAGGUGGAGACCUUCGCCUUCCAGGCAGAGAUCGCCCAGUUGAUGUCUCCGAUCAUCAACACUUUCUACUCGAACAAAGAGAUCUUCCUGAGGGAGCUGAUUUCCAAUUCGUCAGAUGCCCUGGACAAAAUCAGGUAUGAAAGCCUGACAGACCCCAGUAAAAUCGACUCGGGCAAGGACCUGCACAUAAAUCUUAUUCCCAAUAAGCAAGAUCGCACCCUCACCAUCGUGAAUCCUGGGAUCGGAAUGACGAAGGCGGAUUUGAUCAGUAACCUCGGCACUAUAGCCAAGUCGGGAACCAAGGCCUUCAUGGAGGCUUUGCAGGCUGGCGCUGAUAUCUCCAUGACUGGCCAGUUCGGUGUGGGCUUCUACUCUGCAUACCUGGUGGCUGAGAAAGUGACUGUGAUCACCAAACAUAAUGACGAUGAACAGUAUGCCUGGGAAUCCUCAGCAGGAGGGUCCUUCACAGUAGGUGAACCUAUGGGUCGAGGAACAAAGGUUAUUCUGCAUCUGAAAGAAGACCAAACUGAGUACUUGGAAGAAAGGCGAAUUAAAGAGAUUGUGAAGAAACAUUCUCAGUUCAUUGGUUAUCCCAUUACUCUUUUUGUGGAGAAGGAAAGAGAUAAAGAAGUGAAUGAUGAUGAGGCUGCAGAAAAGGAAGAUAAAGAGGAAGACAAGGAAAAAGAAGAAAAGGAGUUUGAUGACAAACCUGAAAUAGAAGAUGUUGGUUCUGAUGAAGAAGAGGAAGAAAAGAAGGAGGGUGACAAGAAGAAGAAAAAGAAGAUUAAGGAGAAGUAUAUUGAUCAAGAAGAGCUGAACAAAACGAAGCCUAUUUGGACCAGAAACCCUGAUGAUAUUACUAACGAGGAGUAUGGGGAGUUCUACAAAAGCUUGACCAAUGAUUGGGAGGAUCAUUUGGCAGUGAAGUAUUUUUCCGUGGAAGGGCAGUUGGAAUUCAGGGCUCUUCUUUUUGUUCCACUAUGAGCUUCUUUUGACCUAUUUGAAAACAGAAAGAAGAAUAACAUUAAGUUGUAUGUGCACAGAGUUUUCAUCAUGGAUAACUGUGAGGAACUGAUCCCCGAGUACCUGAAUUUCUUUAGAGGGGUGGUGGACUCCGAGGAUCUCCCUCUAAAUAUUUCCAGAGAAAUGUUGCAGCAAAGCAAGAUCUUGAAAGUCAUCAGAAAAAAUUUGGUCAAAAAAUGCUUAGAAUUGUUUAUUGAACUGGUAGAAGAUAAGGAGAACUACAAAAAGUUCUAUGAGCAGUUUUCUAAGAAUAUAAAGCUUGGAAUACAUGAAGACUCUCAGAAUCGGAAGAAGCUCUCAGAACUGUUAUGCUACUACACAUCUGCUUCUGGAGAUGAGAUGGUUUCUCUCAAGGACUACUGCACUAGGAUGAAGGCGAACCAGAAACACAUCUAUUACAUCACAUGUGAAACCAAAGACCAGGUAGCUAACUCAGCCUUUGUGGAAUGUCUUCGAAAGCAUAGCUUAGAAGUGAUCUAUAUGAUCGAGCCCAUCGAUGAGUACUGUGUCCAGCAGCUGAAAGAAUUUGAGGGGAAAACUUUAGUGUCUGUUACCAAAGAGGGCUUGGAACUUCCAGAAGAUGAAGAAGAGAAAAAGAAACAGGAGGAGAAAAAGACAAAGUUUGAAAACCUCUGCAAGAUCAUGAAAAAUAUUUUGGAGAAAAAGGUCAAAAAGGUAGUUGUAUCAAACCGAUUGGUGACAUCCCCAUGCUGUAUUGUCACCAGUACAUAUGGCUGGACAGCAAACAUGGAGAGAAUCAUGAAAGCCCAAGCCCUAAGAGACAACUCCAUGAUGGGGUACAUGGCAGCCAAGAAGCACCUGGAGAUAAACCCUGACCACUCAAUCAUGGAGACCUUGAGGCAGAAGGCCAAGGCUGAUAAGAAUGACAAGUCCGUGAAGGAUCUGGUCAUCUUGCUGUAUGAAACUGCCCUGCUAUCCUCUGGCUUCAGUCUGGAAGAGCCUCAGACACAUGCAAACAGAAUCUACAGGAUGCUCAAGCUGGGGCUAGGUAUUGAUGAGGACGACCCCACUGCUGAUGACACCACUGCUGCUGUCAAUGAAGAGAUGCUGCCCCUUGAAGGAGAUGAUGACACAUCACGCAUGGAAGAAGUUGACUAAGCCCUGCUGGAAGGAACGACUGGGAUAUGUGUUCAGUACCUUACUUUCAUUCCCUCUGCUAAUAUAUAUUUUUGAGGAUUUUUUUGUUAACAUAAGUCUGUAUGGCAUGAUAACUGCUUAAGGGGAAGAUAAGAUUUCUUUCUACUUUUAAUGAUACUGUGAUACUUUAGGCACUAAAGCAAAGCUAGCAAUGCUUUUUCUAGUUUCACUUUGGUUUAUUUUAACAGGUUGAGAUGUUUGUGGUAAGAUGUAACUUACUGUUAACUUUGUGAAGUCUAAAGUGUUUAGUUAUCAAGCCAGAUUUCUCAGUAGACCAAAUCUUUUGUCUGAAGUGUUGAGAUAGGCUGAUGUUUAAAGGAAUAUUUGCUACAAUAGCUUGAGUUUUCCAUCUUGUAGGAUCUACCUUUUUUAAAAACUUUCCCCUGUAGUUUCAAAUCUGCAUGUCCUAGGUUUCUAGAAAUAAGUACAUGAAACAACGUGAUGGCAGAAACUGCACGGGGCUUGUUUUCCGAAGAAAAAGUUUAGAGGAAUAAGCUAGGUAUACUGCAUUGCUUUGAAAAAUAAUUUGGAAAAAAGGCUUGUGAAUGGAAAUGGAGUGCACAGGUCACAUUCUCCUUUAAGAGGUAACAAAUACAGAUAAGUUUAAAAAAAAAAAAAAAAGAA